AUGGCUCCAAAAGCUGGUGGUGAUUCUGCUAAAGUUAAUUCUGCAGUAUACAAAGAUAAAAGCAAACCAGCUGAUAUUAGGCUCAGCAAUAUAAAUGCCGCAAAAGCUGUAUCUGAUGCCAUUCGUACAAGCCUGGGCCCUCGUGGCAUGGACAAAAUGAUCCAAGCUGCCAAUGGUGAAGUUACUAUCACUAAUGAUGGUGCUACUAUAUUAAAACAAAUGAGUGUUGUUCACCCAGCUGCUAAAAUGUUAGUGGAACUAUCUCGUGCUCAAGAUAUUGAAGCUGGUGAUGGUACUACAUCAGUGGUUGUUAUUGCUGGUGCUCUUCUUGAUGCUGCAGAGAAACUACUCCAGAAAGGAAUUCAUCCUACUGUAAUUUCUGAUGGUUUCCAAAAAGCUUUACAACUUGCAUUACAGGUAGUAGAAGGUAUGUCUACUCCAGUAGAUUUAUCAAACGAAGAUGCUUUCUUGAAAGCAGCUGCUACAUCCCUUAACUCCAAAGUAGUGUCUCAACAUUCCACCAUAUUAGCUCCAAUUGCUGUUCAAGCUAUUCGUGCAGUAAUGGAGCCUAUAGUAGGAGGAAUAGGUGCACGUGUCGACCUUCGUGACGUUAAAGUUACUGAACGCAUCGGAGGAACUGUUGAAGAUACUGAGCUUGUUCAAGGUCUAGUCAUACCUCAUCGUGCAGCCAAUGUAAGCGGCCCCCAUAGAAUUGAAAAGGCUAAAGUUGGACUUAUACAGUUCUGCAUUUCGCCACCUAAAACCGAUAUGGAUCACAAUGUGAUUGUAUCAGACUAUGCAGCCAUGGAUCGUGUUUUGAAAGAAGAGAGACAAUACAUUUUAAAUAUCGUCAAGCAAAUCAAGAAAGCCGGGUGCAAUGUACUUCUUGUUCAAAAAUCCAUUUUGCGCGAUGCUCUCAGCGAUUUAGCCGUGCAUUUCUUGGACAAGAUCAAAACCAUGGUAAUAAAGGACAUAGAACGCGAGGACAUUGAAUUUGUUUGCAAGACUCUGGGAUGUAGACCGAUAGCUUCACUUGAUCAUUUCACUGCUGAAAACCUUGUUAACGUUGACCUCGUGGAAGAGAUCAACGAACCUGGUGGAAAGUAUAUCAAGAUGAGCGGGUGCGCGUCGGGCGGGCGCACGGUGUCGGUGGUGGUGCGCGGGUCGAGCGGCGCGGUGGUGGCGGAGGCGGCGCGCUCGCUGCACGACGCGCUGUGCGCCGUGCGCUGCGUGGCGCGGCGCCCGGCGCUGGUGGCUGGCGGCGGCGCGCCCGAGGCCGCGGCGGCCGCGGCGCUGGCGCGCGCCUCCAUCGCCGCGCCCGGCGCCGACCACUACUGCCUGCGCGCCUACGCGGACGCGCUCGAGGUCGUGCCUUCUACGCUCGCUGAGAAUGCAGGGUUGAACCCAAUCGAGACAGUGACGGAGCUGCGCGCGGCGCACGCGGCGGGCGCGGAGAGCGGCGCGGGCUCGAACGCCGGCGUCAACGUGCGGCGCGGCCGCGUCACCGACAUGCGUCAGGAGCACGUGCUGCAGCCGCUCCACGUCACCGCCUCCGCGCUCGCGCUCUCCACGGAGACCGUGCGCGCCAUACUCAAGAUUGACGACAUUGUUAACACAUUGAACUAA